GCCUCCACUCCCAGAUGUUGCCACAGAAACAGGAAUUCCUUGAGCAGCAGCAGCAGGUUUCUGAAGACAAACACUUGAAGAGGAACGGCAGUUCCCAAGCAACUACAGAGGGAGCCGUUCUCAGACAGAUCUCAGAGACCGUUGACAAGAAAGCCCUCAAAAGCGCCUACCAACGGAUCCUGACCAGAUCAGAUUCCACCUCGGCACCGGAGCUGAGGCUGAUUCUUCUGGGGCGCACCGGGUCGGGCAAGAGCGCCGCAGGGAAUGUCAUUUUAGGCCGGAGGGAGUUUGAGUCUCGGCCCGACGCCGCGGUCACCCAGCAGUGUGAGAAGGGCCGGGCCAUCCUGGGCGACACACGCGUGGCAGUGGUGGACACCCCUGACUGGUUCUGCUCGGAGCGCUCCCGAGAAGAGGUGCGCUCCCAGCUCUCCUCCUGCGUGGCCCUCUCGUCCCCGGGGCCCCACGCCUUCCUGCUCUGCGUCCCCGUGAACGGGCCCCCAGCCCCGGCCCGACUGCAGGCCCUUCUCGGGGCCCUGGAGGGGGUGUUCGGCCCCGGGGCGGUGAGCGACCACACGCUGGUCCUCUUCACCCACUCCGACUGCCUGGAGGAGGGGGGGGGAGAUGGAGGGAGAGGGACAACGGAGGUGGAGGAGCACAUCGCCUCCAAGCGUCCCGACCUGCUGAGGGCGGUGGAGAGGUGCGGGGACCGCUAUCACAUCCUGGAGGGAGCCGGGAAUGCGGGCAGAGGAGGAGAGGAGGAGGCAGAGAGAGGGAGGAGGAGCGUGGAGGAGCUGCUGGAGAAGGUGGAGCAGACGGUGAGGGAGAGCGGAGGAGGCCACUACAGCUGCCCGCUCUACCAGGAGGCCGAGAGCCGCGUCAGGGAGAGACAGGAGGAGAUCCUGCAGGACAGGAGAGAGAGGAGGAUGGAGCGGGGAAGGACAGAGGGAGGAGGUGGAGGAGGAGGAGAGUACGCGUUUCCUCCCGGCCACCUGGUCCCCUUGCAGGAGGACGUUGACGGGGAAGAGGAAGAGGAGGACGAGGCGAUGGAAGAGGAGAGAACGAGGGAUGAGGCAGAGAAGAGUGUCAAGCUGGACUCCGUCCCGGCUCUCUCUCUCUCCCCCCCCGCCGCCGAGUCCACUUCGUUCCUUCGCUCCGUGGGGGAGAAGGUGGGGACCGGGAUGAAGAGGGUGCCCAGGCUGCUGGCCGGUGGGGCCCUGCUGGGUGGGAGUCUAGGGGCCUUCUUUGGGGGACUCCUCGGAGGGGCUGUGGGGGCCACCGGAGGCGCUGCUCUCGCUGAAGUGGCCAGACGGAAGCUCAGCAAACAGACAGACAGCGAUGGACAGAAAGUGGACGAGAAGAAAGAGUCCUAAGCACUCCGGUUGCUUAUGGGGAUUAAUUGACUGAAAUAUAAUGACAUUGAAUGACAUAUAUAAUGUAUACUGACUGACUGACUGACUGACUGACUGACUGACUGACUGACUGACUGAUGUUUAUACUAGAUAUAGUGUUCAUCUGGAUCUUGCCAUUCCUUGCCAGUCUGUUAUCAUCUUGAUGAAGCAAAUUUAAAAGUACUGAUGACAUAUAUACUUUGUUCUUAAAGCACCUGUACAUUUAGAGGAAAGUAGAUUAAAUCUCUUGGUCCCUGAUAAAAUUCUGUGUUGUAAUGUUGAAGACUCUGUCAGCUCUAUGUUGUUUUUUAUAAACAGUAAACCACACCAUGCUCUGGUUAGAGUAUGCAGAAUAUAAAAACACUUGCAAGCAAGUAAAACUCCCAACAUCCUCACAGCAGAUAAUGAAGGGCCAUCCUUCGUUAAAGACUUUGUGAAAUGUCUCCUAAGACAAUGUUCCACAAGUUGAUGCCAUGGGUAAGGAGAUGAAAUGUGAAAAAUUCUUGCCCAUUGCACAAGGUGGCACUCAAGCCUAUUAAGAGGUAUUACCACUCAGAGGCACGGAAACAAGGUAUUUGGUGUAAUCAGCAACGCCAUCAUGUGUCAGUAAACUUAUCAAGUAUAUCAAGUGCCUAAUCAUGCCUACUGUGAGUAUGCUUAUUAAGACAGUAUCUGUUAGUGUGUGU